UUCAAGUUCACUCCCUCCACAGACCCCAUGGAACUCAAUCAUCGAAACCACCACCCAUGCCCAUGGCCACGCUCCUUAUUCCCAACCCCUUCAACACCAAACUCCCUGGCCCGCGCUACUCUCACCGGAGGUUCACCUGCUCCUCCGUCACGACCCAAUCCCGAUCCGCCAAGGAGCACCUUCUCGCCCUCAUAGCCGACCAGGACCGCGGCCUCCGGACGCAGAGCGAUCCCGUGAAGCGAGCAGCAAUUGUCGAAGCCAUCGACGCGAUGGCCGUCGUAGGCGCUGGCUCCGUCACCACCGGCGAUUCUCUGUCGGCGACGUGGCGGCUGCUGUGGACGACAGAGAAGGAGCAACUCUUCAUCAUCGAGAAGGCUCCCUUGUUUGGAACCCGAGCCGGCGACGUGUUACAGGUCAUAGAUGUUCGGAAUGGGACGCUCAACAACGUCAUCACAUUUCCCCCUGAUGGCGUUUUCUUUGUUCGAUCCAGUAUCGAGGUUGCGUCGCCGCAGAGAGUGAAUUUCAGAUUUACAAGUGCAGUAUUACGUGGAAAGAACUGGGAAAUACCAUUGCCACCAUUUGGACAGGGUUGGUUUGAUACUGUGUACCUCGAUGAUGACCUUCGAGUUGUAAAGGAUAUCCGGGGAGACUAUUUAGUUGUUGACCGAGCUUCCUAUAACUGGAAGGAAUGAAUGGAAUCUUCAUUUCCUUGUUAACUCUUUUUCAUCAAUGAAAACUUUCGAAGCAACUGCCCUUACUGUUUUAGUGCAGUUCUUUGCUUUGUUAAGGUCUUUUAUCUCUUUUAGUUAUGCUAAUUUAUAUGCUUAGUUAAAUAUUGAUUUUGAGAUCAUCAAGGAGACUUCAGUUACUUCCAGUAACGAGGGAAACAUUUUAUUUUAUGUUCUUCUGAAUCUCCAGCUAAAUAAUAUUAAAGGGGCAUGCUUGUAUCA